AUGGAGCUCAUCAUUGGAUGUGUCGGUAAGCCAAGUGCUGGGAAAUCAACGUUUUUCAACGCUGUUACUGAUGGGAAUGCGAAAGUUGGUAACUUUCCAUUUACAACAAUAGAACCAAAUGAAGGAAUUACAUAUUAUAUCACACCAUGUCCAUGUUUAAAGAAACAAAAGACAAGUGUAUGUACUCCACGUUAUGGAAAAUGUGAACAAGGAAUGCGUUCAAUUCCAAUCAAAUUAUUGGAUAUUGCUGGUCUUUUACCUGGUGCAUCACAAGGUGCUGGACUUGGAAAUCAAUUUCUUGAUGAUUUACGUCAUGCUCAUGUCUUGAUGCAUAUUCUUGAUGUUUCGGGUCAUACAAAUGAAAAGGGUGAAGAAACAAAAGGUUACGAUCCAUUAAAUGAUGCUGAAUGGUUUGAUUUGGAAGUAGAAGAAUGGAUUUUUAAGAAUUUAUGGACUCGUUGGACUUCAAUUGUUCGACGACAUGAAAGAACGAAAUCAAGUCUUUUAACGACAUUAAGUCAUCAAUUUUCAGGCUAUGGAGCAACAUCUUCACUUGUAAUGAAAGUUUUAGAUCAAAUGGAAGUGAAAGAACCUGUGGAUCUUUCACUAUGGAAAGAAACUCAAGUGCGUCACUUAGUUUCAAUCUUUCGAACACUUCGAUUUCCAACAAUUUUAGUAUUGAAUAAAGCUGAUCAAGGUGAUGAAACAGAUCGAAAUAUUGAACGAAUUGUUAACAAAUAUGGAAGUGAACGAUGUUUUGUAGCAAGUGCUGCAGCAGAAUGUUUUUUAAAACAAGCUUGUAAACUUCAUUUGAUUCGAUAUGAACCUGGUGCCAUGACUUAUACAACUUUUCAAGAUGAAAAAGAUCAAGUUGAAACGAGAUUUGAACCCUUAAAACCAAUUUUAAAGCCAAAGAUUGCAAAACGAUUAGAACGAAUUGCUGAUCUCGUGUUAUUUCGAUUUGGAAGUACUGGAGUUCAUGCUGCAAUUAAUGGAGCUGUGGGACUUGCUGAUAUUGUGAUUGUUUAUCCAGUUAAAUCAUUAAAGAGUUUUGCAACGAAUAUGGUACCAGGAAGUAGUAACAAAGGAAUCUUUGCCGAUGCGAUUCUUGUUAAAAGAGGAACAACAAUUAAAGAAGUAGCAUAUCGAAUUUCACAUUUUGUAGGUUCAAAUUUUGCCUAUGCUGAAGGGGAAGAUGGUCGACGUUGUGCUGAAGAUGAACGUAUUACAAGCAGUAAUUUCAUUCUCAAGUUUACAAUGAAUAUCACCUCAACUCAACAUGUUUCAACAACUUCAGUACAAGUACAGAAAGACAACAAGAAAGGAAGUAAAAAAAGUGGAAAAGUGAGUGCUCAAGAGUAG